ACACCGUCAUCGGAGAAAUCCGUUCCUAAUCCCUCUGUAUUAUGAUAUUUUGCCGGUUAAUCCUAGUUUUCUUAUUUCAAAUUUCAUGUUCCAAAAAAAUAAAUUUCGACAAAGUGUACAAAGAUGCUAUGUACGCAAGUUUUCUGAAAUCCGAGUUCAACUAUACUUCUUUUCUAAGACGAGCCGAUCACUCUGCUGAACGAUAUGUUCCUUUUCAGGAUACUAGUAAUGACACUUUUUUCAAGGUUGGAAUUCUUCAUAAAUCUCAACUUGAAAAUUAUACGAAAAUACGAAUGGAAGAUCAGUUAGGAACAUUAAAAAACAAACCCUGGAUGCCUAUCAAUGAAAUCCGUGAGGAAUUUGCAAAUUGUGCACUAUUGAAGUUUGGCUCGUUUAGUGAACAUGAUUUUAAGUACGACAAAGGAAUGUAUGGGUGGAUGAAUAUCAUGAAAUUUUCAUGUGCCCGAGUCCUGGACCAAUAUCUCGUCUUUGGAAUGGCUUUCACUAGAACUAGAUUCAGGUUGAAACAAGUGAUACUAAAGCGACAAAACACACAUUGGGCAACUUCCGGGCGUAGUCUGAUAACAAGAGAUGUACAGAAAAUUACUGAGAUAUUUACAAUUAGAUUUGGGCAAUUUGUAAACGAAAAACUUGAAGACGAGUUGAGAAAACAUGCAAUUUCAACAAAAAAUAUUGCUGGUAACCCACUGAAUCUAAAAAAUGACACGUUUGAAGAACUUGCUGUAGCAUAUGGACGGCUCAGAAAACACAUCAAGCUUUCAGACAGCCGUGGACACACCUUCAGUACAUUGGCAUUUGGGAUAAAGUCACGAAUUUUGGUGACAUCACCCAGUCAUGCUCCACAAGCGGUUGAAGCAAUAUCCGAUGAGCUCAGUGAUGCUCCGCUGAAGGUAUUGGACACGUGUCAUAAAGAUAUUUGCACAUAUGAUUACAUGAAAAAUGCAACAUUUAAUCCAAAAACUGAAACAUACAGUUACGUGAAGGAGAAUGCAUUAAUCAACACAGUUCAUCCCAGAUACUCACUCAUUGCUUUUCAAAAAUCCAAGCCUUACUUUACAUUUGAAAAAAUGAAACGUAAAACUGCAACCAAAAUUAUCGAUGUCAAGCAAAACCUGGACACUAAAGCAAAAAAUCUCUGGUCAUCAUUGUUGGAUCAACAAUUUACAUUAGCCAUUCAUGUGCACAAUCAGGAACUUUUCCCAUUUGAUCAAUUUUUCAUGACAUUGAAGCCACCAAUUGACUGAUUAACAAGAAUUGAAAAAAAAUAUUUAUUUUGAUGUAAUUUAUUUUUUUGAACAUUUGAUUCAAAAUACAGAUUGGAGAUAAAUUU